AUGGAGUUCUGUUUAGAGGAGAAUCACUUUAGCGAUGAGAUGUCAGCCGCAUCGGCGUCAGCAUAUUCAUGGUCUGAAAGCGAAGAGUUGAUCACAGUUGGAAACGCUGACGAUAUCUAUAAUGAAAUGGUAGACACGAGAACGGCAAUUCUUGACGAGUCCGAGGACGAAAGAUUCGACGAAAGUGACUUGUCAACAGCCAUACUGGACGAUGAUGAAGACCUCAUAACGGCGGUCUCGCAUGAUUACUCUGCAUACUCGUUGCCGGCCAGUGAAACAUUUGUCGAUAUGGACGUGCCAACAAGCAUGGGCGGGGAUCGCAGUAAAUUUGUCGAGGCUGUUGGAAGAUUUGAAGGUGACGCGAUGACGAAGGUUACUCCAGAUGUCAACGAUUACCUAGAGGGCCUUGCGCUCAACGAAUCGGCCGUAGGCUCAGAACUGAACAAGGCGUUUCUGGAGGCGGAGGAAACAGAUAAAGAAAGGACAGAUGGAGACAAGGAUCCCUAUGACUUCGACACAGCCAUAGAAGCAUAA